AUGAAUACUGUCGUUUCUUUUCUGCUCCUGUUGGUAUCAGGUAAUGCAGUGGGCCAAGAGAAGCCUCCUCAUAUUAUUUUUAUAGUUGUAGAUGAUCUCGGAUGGAAUGACGUUGGUUAUAAUAAUCCCGUAUUCAAGACACCUACCAUCGACAGGCUUGCCGGUAAUGGGGUGAAACUUCUGAAUUACUACGUGGCGAGCCAUUGCCUUCCAUCCAGAAAUAUGUUGAUGACUGGUAGACAUGCUAUUCAACUCGGGAUUCCGCAAGAUGGUUUCGGAUAUCAUCCCCGGUCUUUGCCAUUGGACGAGACUACUAUAGCAGAACCAUUAAAACACGCUGGCUAUUCAACCCAUAUAGUGGGUAAAUGGCAUUGUGGGUAUUACGCAGAUAAUUGCUUGCCUCAUAACAGAGGAUUUGACACAUUUUUCGGUUUCGUUGGAGCAGGUAUAGACCACUAUACGCACAGCGAUCAUUUUAAUCAUAUGCACAAUCUCAGAAAAAAUGAUGAUUGCAUAGCUAAGAAGUAUAUUGGUAAAUAUUCCACAACAAUCUUUGCAAAUGAAGGAAAGGAUAUAAUUAAUGCACAUGAUCAAAACAAACCACUGUUUCUUUACCUGUCAUUUUCUGCGGUACACGCACCUCUCGAGGUUCCGUCCUCGUAUUUGAAACAAUACGAGUCAACUAUUCAUGACGAGGACAGACGAACAUAUGCAGCGAUGACAUCAUGUGUAGACGAGGCUAUCGCGAAUAUCACUGAGGCACUUGAAGAGAAGAACAUGUUGAAAAACAGUAUAAUCGUUUUCACUUCCGACAAUGGCGGGGCUUUGGUGAAUUCGGCUGGCAACAACUGGCCUCUGAGAGGAGGAAAGCAUACGAGUUGGGAAGGAGGUGUGAGAGCUGUUGGAUUCGUUUAUGGUGAUUUGCUUCCUCGUCACUCACGGGGUACCGAGAAUACGGGUCUGAUGCAUAUCACAGACUGGUUCCCAACUUUAAUAACAUUGGCUGGUGGCAAUCCACAUGUCGGAAAGAAGCUAUACGGAGUUGAUCAGUGGAAUAUGAUAAC